CAUGUCCCCACCACAAUCCAGCGUCUGUCGCGGGAGCUCCUGACCGGCGUGGACUUUCUGCACUUGCAUCGCAUCAUCCACCGCGAUCUGAAACCGCAGAAUCUGCUAGUUUCCGCUCAGGGCCAUCUGAAGAUUGCCGAUUUUGGUCUGGCCAAAACAUACAACUCCGAAAUGAAGCUGACAUCAGUGGUUGUUACGCUGUGGUAUCGCGCUCCCGAGGUACUUCUUAUCCAGCCCUACAACAGUUCCGUGGAUCUCUGGAGUGCCGCUGCAUAA